AUGAGUAAUCCAUACAAACGAAACCAAUAUCCUCAGAAUGAUUCAUAUGAAAUGAGUAACUAUAAUAAUGGUAAAUAUAAUUCAUCAAAUGAAGAUGAUUUUGUUCAAUUUAUGAAUGAAAUUCAAGAUAUUAAUUCUCAAUUGGAUCAUUAUUCAAACAUCAUUAAUCUUAUUAAAACAAAACAAAGAAGUUUCUUACAAGAAUUAGAUUUAAAUGAUGAAGAUACUCAAUAUGAUUCUCAACAAAUUGAAUCACUUGUUAAUGAAGCUCAAUCGUUACAAUUAGAACUUAAAUCCCGUAUCAAGAAUGUUCAAACCCAAGCUGCAGUACAAUCCCGUGAUCAAACCAAACUUGAUCAAGCUGAAAGUUGUAGAAAAAGAUUCUUAGACUUAAUUCAAGAAUAUAGAUUGAUUGAAAGUCAAAAUCGUGAACAAACUAAAGUCCAAGCUGAAAGACAAUAUAGAAUCGUUAAGCCAGAUGCUAGUGAAGAAGAAGUUAAAGCAGUAGUUGAAGAAGGAAGUGAACAAUAUUUCCAACUGGCUUUAUUACAAUCUAAUAGAAGAGGUGAAGCUAGAACAGUAUUGAAUGAAGUUCAAGUUAGACAUCGUGAAUUAUUGAAAUUAGAAAAAACAAUGGCUGAAUUAACUCAAUUAUUUCAUGAUAUGGAAGAAUUAGUAAUUGAACAAGAUCAACCGAUCCAACAAAUUGAAGAACAAAUCGAUACUGCACAACAUGAUAUUGAACAAGGGGUUGGUCAUACUAAUAAAGCAGUUAAAAGUGCUAAAGCAGCAAGAAAGAAGAAAAUGUGGUGUUUCUUUAUUUGUGUUCUUAUUCUUGUCAUUAUUGGUGUCAUUUUGGGUGCAUAUUUUGGUACAAGAUAG